CAGACCAUAUGUACUGACUCUAGGGACCAAAGGGGUGUGCAGAUGCUCCCAAAUUUAGCAUAAAUAAUGGAGCAAAUGAACAGACAUUUGAGCUAGCAGAUACUGAUGCACACAGGCCUGAGAACCUGAUGAGGACCUGGACUGACAUCUCAACUCCUCUCUUCAUCUGCCUUAUCCUCUCCAUCUGUCCUCACUGCUCUCAAACUCUACAGCAGCCUCUUGACUGUGGAGAGAAGGGCCACAUCCCUUUACCACCAUCUCCUCAACCAGUCUUCAACUCCACACAAGGAGAAGCCUCAUUCGGUUCCAGACUUGAUCACUGCAGUCUGAUUUCAGGAAUAAAAAGUACAAAAGAAGAUUGGAUAAAAUGUGUGACUGUGAAGAAAAGGAAGCAGGAAACCAGCCAAGAAACAGGACCCUUUAUAAUGAGCAGCAACUCUACCUCUGCAGCAAACGGAAAUGAUAGCAAGAAGUUCAAAGGUGACAGCAAGAGUGCCAGUGUCCAGUCCCCUGUGAUCCACAUCAACAAGCUGCCCAGUGAAGUCACCAAGGGCAAGGUACUCUCCCCAAACCGAGCACAAGCUGAAGUGGCCCUGCAGGCUGGGAACUCUGUCCAUUCGGCGAACCUGACCUGCGCGAAUCAGGGAUCUGACGAGCUUUUCUCUACGUGUGUCACUGAAGGACCCUUUAUAAUGAGCAGCAACUCUACCUCUGCAGCAAACGGAAAUGAUAGCAAGAAGUUCAAAGGUGACAGCAAGAGUGCUAGUGUCCAGCCCCCUGUGAUCCACAUCAACAAGCUGCCCAGUGAAGUCACCAAGGGCGAGGUACUCUCCCCAAACCGAGCACAAGCUGAAGUGGUCCUGCAGGCUGGGAACUCUGUCCAUUCGGCGAACCUGACCUCGGCCACAGCUGUGGAUGCAGGGAUGACAAUAACUGGGCACAGCCCUGUGCUCAGGAUCAUCAUAGAGAACGUCUUCUUCCCUGUGACCCUGGAUGUACUGCACCAGACUUUCUCCAAGUUCGGCACAGUCCUGAAAAUCAUCAAGUUCAUCAGCAACAACCAAUCCCAGGCAUUACUGCAGUACGCAGAUCCUGUGAGCGCCCAGCAAGCCAAGCUGUCACUGGACAGGCAGAACAUCCUUGAUGGCUACUGCACACUACGCAUCUACUUCUCCAAAAUCACCAACCUCAAGGUCAAGUACAACAACGACAAAAGCCAUGACUACACACGCCCAGACCUUCCCUCUGGGGACAGCCACCCUCCACAGGAACAGACCAUGGCCACAACCUCUCUGUAUGCAGGAGCUGGGUUCCCUCCAACCUUUACAAUUCCUCAAGCCGUGGUUCUUUCUGAUCCUAAUGUGCAUAGAGCCCCAGCCCUGUUGCCCACCCCAAGCCUGGCAGGGCCUGGGAACUCCAUUCUGCUGGUCAGCAACCUCAAUCCCAAAAGAGUCAGAUUCCAAAACCUCUUUAUUCUUUUCGGCCUCUAUGGUGAUGUGCAGCGGAUAAAGAUGUUCUUCAACAAGGAGAACGCGCUUGUGCAGAUGACAGAUGGGAACCAGGCCCUGCUGGCUAUGAAGCACCUGAACGGGUUAAAGCUGCAUACGAAGCCCAUCCACAUCAUGCUGUCCAAGCAUCAGAGCUUAGAUCUGCCCCACGAGGUACAGGAGGGCCAGGGCCUCACCAAGGACUUCAGCAACUCUCCACUGCACCGCUUUAAGAAGCCCGACUCCAGAUCCCUCCAGAACAUCUUCCCGCCCUCCGCCACCCUGUUCCUCUCCAACAUCCCACCUUCCCGAACAGAGGAAAACCUCAAGGUCCUGUUCUCCAGCACUGGGGGCGUGGUCAAGAGGUUCCAGUUCUUCAAAAAGAACCGUAAGCUGGCGCUGAUCCAGAUGGGCUCCGUGGAGGAGGCAGUGCAUGCGCUCAUCAACCUGCAUAAUCUUUACCUGGACAAGAAGCACCAUCUGUGGGUCUCUUUUUCCAAGUUCACGUCUUUGGCUGGGCUCCCUGGAGCCACUUCCAUCAUUCCAAAAAAAAGCCAUAUUAAGAAGAAGCAGCUGAAGUGACCCUAACAGACCAGAGAUUUUAUUGUUCUAAAGAGAGAAGUCAGUUUACUUUUUUAAAAAAUAAACUUAAUCUAGCUCACCUUGCUGACAAAGAAACAUGAGCCAUUACUGGCUCAGGCUGUAGCUCAGUGGUGAAUGACUUGCCUAGCAUAUAUAAGCACCUGUUGUCCCAGCAACACAGGAGACCAAGGCAGGAAGAUCCCAGGUUCCCGGCCACCCUCAAGGACUUGGCAAGACCCUGUCUCAAAAUAAAAAGGGCUGAGAUUAAAUGCACUCCUGCACACACACACACACACACACA